UAACACGCAUACGCGUUUUGAAGGAAAAAGUAAAAAACGGAUCGAAAAAGUAUUUUGUGCGAUCGAGAAAAAAUUCGGAAAGAUAAUAAGGGGCAGGUUGAUGCUCGUAAUUGAUCGAAUUUUAUUCCGUGAAACUUGUCCGUGGACAUGUAACUUAUAUAUAUUAUAUUAUGUUAUAGAAUAGUUGGAAACGUACAAUGGCGUAGAGACAGUUCGUGUUUUGUUCUAUCAGCUGAUGGACUUGAUGGAUUGUUGUACUUACCAAAACAGAAGACAUAAGCAGUAAAUCCAGUCUUUUGUCGCAAAAUAUGUUACGAUGCGUGAUACUGUGUGCAUUAUAAUAAGCUAACUCGAGGCACCGAAAGAUUUUUUUUUCCGACUUAGCAUCGACUCCAUUAUUCACUGUCAUUGAGCAUAGUGUUUUCAUCUGAGAUCUUUUGUAAACUUGUAACAAUGGGGGCAGCUGUAAGCAGUGGACAAAAUAACGAUGAAUUAGUUGAUAACUUAAUGAAAUCUGGAUAUAUAAGAACAAGAAAAGUGGAAAAAGUAUUUAGAGCUAUUGAUAGAGCAGACUAUGUUUUACCAUCUCACAGAGAAAGAGCUUACAAUGAUCUUGCCUGGAAACAUGGUAACAUUCAUUUAUCUGCACCAUGUGUAUAUAGCGAGGUGAUGGAAAGCCUUUCAUUGGAACCAGGAUUGAGCUUUUUAAAUCUUGGAUCAGGAACUGGUUAUCUCAGUACAAUGGCAGGACUCAUAUUGGACCAACAUGGAACAAAUCAUGGUAUUGAGUUGCACGAAGAUUGUUUAAAUUAUGCGUACGAGCGACUAGAAGAAUUUAAGCAGAAGUCAUUAGCACUGGAUGAAUUUGAUUUCUGUGAACCAGUUUUUAUACAAGGGAAUUGUCUGAAUGUUGCACCUGGUAGGCAGUAUGACAGAGUAUAUUGUGGUGCAGCAUGUCCCGAAAAUUACGAAGGAUUUAUUAAACAAUUUGUAUGUGUCGGAGGUAUCCUCGUAAUGCCGUUUAAAAAUCAUUUGCUACGUGUACUCAGAAUAGAUGAAAAUACUUGGAUACAGUUUAAAAUGCUUCCCGUAUCGUUCGCAAAGUUAGUCUUGCCUACUACUUCAGAGCAACCGUUAUUCCACUUACCUGAAUGUGCUCCAUUAUCUUUACAAGAACUAUGCAGAGGUAAGAUCAGGUACUGUUUGCGGAGAAAUGUAUGGAAGGAACACAAAGAUCUGGAAACGAAAAAAGUAAUUCUAUUAGAACGGCGAAGAUUUGGUCCUCCACAGCAAACCCCCUUAACAAGAUUUCUAGUUCCUGUGAUGAGAGAAUCUGAUGAAUCGGUGUCGGAUGAAUCAGCGUCAGAUGAAGAUGAUGCACUUACGAGAAGGAUAUGCAUGUUGCUCAGUGUAAACACUGAUCCUAGAGAUCUGUACGCAACUGCUCAAGUACGAGCUAUCUUACUGUGUAACAUGAACGAAAGACAGAAUAGGCAAGUAGUAAACAGUAAUGGUAACGUUGACUGGAACAAUCAGAAUCCUGAAAAUUCUUCGGAUAGUGAUAAGUCCGUUUCGCGGACAGAAGAAUCAAGCAAUGUACAGACUACUUCCAAUUCGACAGAUGCAAAACCUGAGAAUAAAGCAGAGGUACAGAAUUUCACCAAUGUCAGCGAAACCUAUUUGAAUUUACUGAAACAUACUGAAACGUUGUUGAAUAUAAGUGAAAGUGAUAGCGAAACAGAACAGGACGAGACUCUUGUUCAGCGUAAAAAAAUGGCUAAACGGGAGAAAACGGACAGCAGUAUCGUAGAAGACGUAAACUUGAGCAACGAAGAUAAUAGCCCUAGAUCGAAUACCGGUCAGUCAGACUCAGAACCUGUCGAUCCUCCGGACAUGGCGGAACCGAUGGACAUCGAACCUUCCAAUAGCCCCUGUGACCAAGAAACAAUAGAAGCCCGUUACGUGAACAGUAAUGCCUUUUCUACGUAUAUGAAAGAGAAAAUACAUGAGUUACCAUUACCUUUCUCAUCAAAGUUGUACCUAAAUUAUAAUCGUAAUCUGUAAUAUAAGUACAUUACAUACACGAAUCAUAUUAAUCUAAUUUAAAUAAAUAAAUAUAUGUAUAUAUAUAUAUAUACACAUACAGAUGACUUAA